CUACCUAUCUAUCUAUCUAUCUAUCUAUCUAUAAACAUGCUGUAUUGUUUGUUUUUGAAAAAUUUCCUUUAGGUUGACGAAAUGGCCUCAAAUUACAUGGUGGUGUCUGCGCUGGGUCGACAGUUCGCCUUGGGGAAACUGUAUGACACUCGAAAUGAUAAAAUCACAGGUAACGUGCGACGUAAACCAAAAUACAGUGAAAAUCUGAUCACUUAUUCUUUCCAUUUUCCUACAGAUACUGUACUGUGGGAUCAUAAAACAAUAACAGAUAAAACAGUGGAGAGCUCGCAGACAAGCAGUGAUUUUAAAAUGACAACAUCUGAUACCCUGGAAGAAAAGUCUUCUCUUUUGGAUGUUGAAGCCUCUAUGAAAGCCAGUUUCCUGGGUGGACUGAUUGAAGUUGGAGGAUCUGCGAAGUAUCUGAAUAAUAAGAAGAAAUCCCAGAAUCAAAACAGAUUAACACUUCAGUACAAAGCUACAACCACCUUCAAACAUUUGUCCAUGAGUCCCAUUGAAGCCAAGAACAUGCAAGUAGUGGAUGAUGUUCUGAAGGGCUCAGCAACGCAUGUAGUCACAGGGAUCCUUUAUGGGGCAAAUGCUUUCUUUGUAUUUGACAGUGACAGGUCAGAGUCCGACAACAAGCAGGACAUCCAGGGUAAGAUUGAAGCUAUGAUAAAGAAGAUUCCUAGUGUCAGUGUGGGGGGGCAAGCCUCUCUCAAACUGAGUGAUACAGAAAAAUCUCUGGCCAACAAUCUGUCCUGCCAGUUCUAUGGGGACUUUAUCCUUGAAAGCAACCCUACAACUUUUGAAGAGGCAGUGAAGACCUACCAGCAACUUCCAAAGCUACUGCGUGAAGGUGAAGGGAAAUCUGUUCCAAUGAAGGUCUGGCUGAUGCCGUUAAAGGAUUUGGAUUCCAAGGCUGCAGAACUGAAAAGGGAGAUCUGCAUUGGACUCAUCAGAAAGGCUGAAAAUGCCCUAGAAGAUGUGAGGGAAAUGGAAAUGAGAUGCAAUCAUUCUCUGGAAGACAACGUGGUAGGGAAAUUCUCACAGGUUAGCGAAAAGAUGAGCAGUUUCAAACAACGGUGCAAUGAUUACGCAUCUGAACUCCAGAAGACCAUGAACGAGAAGUUUCCUUCCAUCCGUGCAGGUGAAGCAGAUGAAAGCUCAGUGGAAAAACUCUUUGAUGAUAGAGACAAGUCACCAUUCAGUCAGGACAGAUUAAACGAGUGGAUGUCUGAUAAAGAGAGAGAAAUUAAUGUCAUUAAGAGCUGUGUAGGUAUAAUGGAAAACAUACCCAUCGUCGCAAACAAGUCAGAGUUGGAUGCAAAGGCUCCUGCUUCAGGUGUAGAGCACGCUCUGUGCUUCACUUUCACCUCCCUGGGAAGAGCUGAACCCUACCUUGACGAGUUGAGCAACUACUUACAUUCACAUGACCGAAAAAGUACCAAGAUUGUCACUCAAACAUCACAGGACCAGUGGUACUCCUCAGAUGAAGUGAUAACCGAAAUGAGAAAAAAAGCUGAAACAUUCAACAGUCUUUUCAAAGCCCUGAAGAGCAGCAGAGUCUCUUUCCUUAUAGCAGCUGUAGAAAAUGAGAAAUACAAAGGAGCAAGCAUCUACCAUUACAAGAAGGGCAUUCCAGUCACUGAUAAUUUUUCACAGCCUGCCCGUCUUGAUGUGGAAAACAUAACAGACAAAAGUAAUCUCAUUUGGUAUGCCUGUGAUCUCACCCUGGACCCAAACACAGCUUAUGGCUAUCUCACUCUUUCUGAGGGAAACAAAAAGGCAACACUUGGAGGUUGGCAGCAGUAUCCUUCACACCCAGAGAGGUUUGACACACGUCCUCAGGUGCUGUGCAGAGAGGGGCUGACUGGGCGUUGUUACUGGGAGGUAAAGUUGAGUGAGGGUAAAGAUUAUGAGGUAGGUGUAGGUGUUACAUACAAAGGAAUUGCCAGGAUAGGAAAGAAUCCCGAUAGUGGGCUUGGAUGUAACACCAUAUCCUGGUAUUUUGGCAAAGAGAGGGGUUGCUUCUGUGCAUGGAACGAUGGAAAGGUGUGGACCGACUCUAUUCCCGCUGCUGGCUUUGAACGAGUUGGAGUGUAUCUGGACUGGCGUGCUGGCACUUUGUCCUUCUAUAGAGUCUGUCCUAACAUUAACACAGUCAGUCACCUCUACACCUUCCGCACCACAUUCACUGAGAGUGUUUACCCAGGGUUCUACAUCUAUUCUUCACACGGCUAUGCUGCCCUGUGUCCAGUAGUGUAGGAAACAGUGACAGAAGUCCGGAUCCUGGCUCUGGCUGUAAACUGACAUGAUAACACUAUUGAUGACGAGUUCAGCAGACUAUCCCAUCAUUAUGCACAGUUUGUGUUUGUAGUAUAAAGAUUUGACCAAUCAUUAAGGCUUUUGCACAACUCUGCAGGUCAACAGCAGCAAAUAUGGAAACACUCAAAGCAAAGAACCGAUAUUUGUUUAAGUCCCUCAAUCUAAACUGUUCAACUAUUGUAGCAAUAGGACACAAGUUCCUGACAAUCACUGGCACACAUUGAUUAUCAUUGGUUAUCACCAUAUUGCAAUGUGCCAUUAAACUUAUAGAUCAAUCCUGCUCUUCUAUCAGUGAUCUGUGACUUCCAAACCAUCAUAAAUCCAUAUCAGCAUUGAUUCUAUGCACACAAAUCACUGAAAUGCCACUUCACACAGGACUAAUAUUAUCACAUGACCUCUGUGUUUGACCAAAUAUGGUAGGUAAUUGCAGUGGUAUUUUUCCUUCACAAAUUACGGACAUGGCAGAUUUGCAUGUUAUUAACAUCACAGACGACCUCUGAACUUAUUACUAAUUACUAGAGGUCCCCAGGUAACACUAGUCCCGUGUGAUUAGGGCUACAGUAUAUUAAAUAUCAUACAAUAGUAAAAAUGUUCAUCAAAUUGCACUUCCAAACCUAAAAAUACUCAGUUAACUUUAGAAUAAGACAAAGCAUAGUUCUGCAGGUCAGCCAGAGUAUGUUUUGGGGGUUUUGCUUGAUAAAUGACCUAAACAAGGACUAAUUGAUCGACUCAUCUUUUAGCUCUAAUUACAUGCAUGUUUACUUUGUUUUUAACUUAGAACGUAGAAAAUUACCAUUUUAGUUUUUGUGAUAUUAAGAUGAAGGUAAACUGUACUCUGAUACUACUGGGGCUGGAAAAGUGUGAAUAUUUGUUUUUUUUGUUUUCACAUGACCUCUUUCUAAAUUGUUUUUUGUUUAUUUAUGAAACUGCUUCAUGGUAUCUGGGACAUUAUGUCACCAUAAUGCCAUCUACAGAAUAUUUGACAUGUAAUCAAAUGUUUUAGAGCAACAUGCUGCAUAUGGUUUAAAUGUUAAUGAAGAAGAACAGGUUUUCUUUCAAAUACUCAAAUACUAAUUUCUAAUACUAUUGUUAAUAAAACGCUUUGUCAGGACAGUCAAUAUUUUGUGUAUGAAAUAUAAUAUAUAUCUUUGUAAUUAUGGUGAGACACUGGGUAGCUUUUCUUUGUGUGUUCAUGAGAUUCCAUUUAGAGCAGGACGUAGUUUCUUUUUUGUCUUUAUUUUCUAAAACAUGGUUGGACAUAAAGUAACUACAGUGUCUUUGUUUAACUUGGGAAUUAUGUUUUUCUUGUUGAAUUUCAUGUCAUCAUUGCAAUCUAUUUAUCCUCGCUACUGAUAAACAAUCUAAUAAAAAUGGAAAGUCACAUCUAGUGGUAACUGAUACAACAUUAGAGAUGUACUAUUAAUAAUGGCAUACUA